GGUCUUUACAACCUCGAUCCCAGGACAAGUUGUCUCUUUUUGAAUAUCGGACGGCGAGACGAACAUGGCCCUGGUGGAGGCUGGUCAAAAAUCUUUGAUUUUCGCAGAUUUUUAAUUAAUGCACUCGUGUCUCGUUUAUCAGGAAUUUUAUACUUCCUAGUCUUUGGUAAGCGAGUUUCAAUUUAAUUAUUAGGGUCUGGAUUUUAUCGUGAUCGAUGGAAAUAGAACUUUUUAGUGAAGACUGGACCUUGAAGGCUUAAGGUCGUGAUGGCUCUAACCUCCAAGCUCUAACGUAUAUUGAUAUUUUAAAGCGAAUAUCUUUCGCAUUAAAUAAUUACAUUUUUCAGUUUUGCCUGAAACCAAAGCAAGUCAUAUGUUUGGAAGCUUUGUUAAAGGGGAAUGAUGUGGUGGCAGUUCUGCCUACUGGAUUUGGAAAAUCAAUUAUUUUUCAUUUACUUGCUGAUCUCUUCCCAGUUAAAAAUGAAAAGAAUAUUGUUUUGGUCAUCAGCCCUUUAACUUCCAUUAUAAAUGAUCAGGUGAAAUACUUGAAUGGGAUUGGUUUUUCUGCUGCUGUAUUGAACUUGGAACAGAGGAAGUUUAAGGCAGAUGAGAGCUUGUUUGGAAGUAAUGAUGCAGCGGAGGACGACCAUGAUGGUACAAAUAUUACAAUUGAUUGUGGUAUUAAAAACGGAGAUAUUAAGAUUUUAUUUGCCCAUCCAGAAUCCUUUUUAUCUGAUCAAGGGCGUUCAAUUUUAAAGAGCAAAAUUUAUCAACAAAAUGUGGUAGCUUGCGUGGUUGAUGAAGCGCAUUGUGUUGAAAUGUGGGGUGCUGAAUUUCGUGAAGAUUUUGGAAAAUUAUGCACACUGAAAGCUCUUUUUCCAAGCACACCCAUGAUUGCUUUGACAGCAACUGCACCCCCAAGUAAAAUAAAAAAUUUAAAAGAGAAACUAUGUUUCAGUCCUUAUUGUAAGGUUGUUGUUGCAAAUCCAAAUAGAAAAAAUAUAUUUUUAAAGAAAUUGCCAAGACGCGGAAACAACUUUGGCUUAAGAAGCUAUGACGAUAUUUUAGUUCCCAUUGCUAAAGAGUUAAAUAAAUUACGGGAUGAUUAUCCCAUGACAAUCAUUUACAUGAAGCUAAAAUAUUGUGGCUAUGCUUAUUCGUUAUUUCAGCAAACAGUAACUCCAAAUAACACAAAACUAUUUUGUCAAUUUCAUGCUCCUCAAACAUCUAGAAUGAAGAAAGAAAUCUUAGAUGAAAUUACAAAACAAGAUUCGUCUAUUAGAGUUGUGUUUGCAACCACAGCACUCGGGAUGGGUGUUAAUGCACCAAAGGUUACUGAAGUUAUCCACAUAACGCCUCCAGCCAAUAUUGAAUCUUACAUGCAAGAAAUUGGUAGAGCUGGAAGGCGUGGGCAAAACUCAACUGCAACAUUGUAUUACAAUAAUGCAGAUAUUGCUGUUAAUAAAAAUAAUGUUGACGAUAGCAUGAAGUGCUUCUGCAAAACAGAUCUGUGCUUAAGGAAAUUUAUUCUAAAUUUCUUUGGUUUUAAAAAAUAUGAACAAGAUAAUUGUUGCUCAAAUUGUACAAAGUCUAAUUUGCUGAUAAAAGAAACAACAUUACCUUGCCGUGAUUUAGUAUCAGAAGAUGCUUUUAAAUGCUUACAAACUGAGCCGAAAGAAAUUAUUGAAACUUGGAGACUUUCGCUAUUGACUACCCUUGAUCAAACUUAUGAACUUCCAUCUAUCAAUAAAAAUUUGGUUCAAACACUAUUGAGUAAACUUCCAUUUAUAAGAUCUAAAAAUGAUCUGUUAUUUGAAUAUGAUGUUUGGGAUGAUCAAUAUGCUACCACCAUAUACGAUAAAAUAAAUAAGUAUGCCUUACAGUGCCACAUUGCAGCUUUGAAAGGGGAACAAUGCUCCAACCGGUCUGUUGGUGUGUGAUUCCCAGCUAAUAGGGAUUUCGCACCAGCGAAACGGACUCGUGUCAGCUGAUCACCACUAAACAUUAUUUUCAUGUCCUUCAUUGGAUCUUCGUUGGUAAACACAGUAUGAGAAUAUGAUUGACCUGGCUCAGCUGUGUUUUCAGGUAAUGGUGUAUUGUCGAUAAUUGGCAUGUCAGUCAGUUUACCAGCCUUUUGGUAUAUCUCUGCAAUCCAUUUCUCAUAUGUUCGCAGGAUCUCGACACAAUCUGCAUACCUUGCUUCAUUUGCAUCAAUGAUCGGCAUUGAAAUUAUUGUUGACUUUUGGGACAUUUUGUCACUAAAUCUGUUGUCAAUAUGAUCUGGGAUUACUUUUUUUAAAAAUUUAAAUUUUGGGAAAAA